UUAACCCUCCAGGAGCAAAGGGUGAACAUUUCAAGAGCAUUUUAUGACUGGGUGAGACGGUGCCAUAAGAACCAUGACAAAUAGGUGAUGCUGGCUAAGAUGAAAAUUUAAAAGAUGAUUUAUCCCUCAGGCAAGCUGUUGCCAAAGAGCAGUUGUGCAGGCCUACCAAACUCGUCUUUCUAGUACAUACUUUUUCUCCACAAAAUGUGCUUGGCUGUCAUGCAGGGCAUCUUGUAACUAAAAUAUGCCAGCCUGACAGGUUGAUGCCCUAUUAUUGUCAUACCCUGUACAAUUAACAGUACAGGAUGACAGUUUUUUUUCUCCUAUGCUCUAAAAGACUAUUAUUAUAUUCUCUCCUCUUCUUUUUUUGUUUACCAUUUAUGUCUUUAGAAAUUUUGAUUAAUGGGCAUGUACAGUGCAAAAGAUAGAGCACUCUUCAUCUACUAUUUGUCUAUAGAUUAAACAUGGCUGCCAAAGUUUCAGUCUUGGAUAUAAUAUUAGGUAUAUCACUGGUGUAAUAGCAAAUCGACAAUGGGUGGAAUAUUUCUGAUGGUAUUUUUCCUUUUUUUAAUUUCUGAGUUUGUUGACUGAGUCAAAUACUUUGUUCUUACAUGUACUACUAGGUCAAGUUCUUAGGAUAUCAAGGGCAAAUCAAGCGGCCAGACCUGCCACAGAAGUGAAUUCAAAGUCCAUGGUGUGUUUUUAACCUAUUGAGUAGGAUAUGGAAAGGUCUUCAAAGCAGGACAGCUGGUGAAUACGGUCAUUUGAUAAUGUGACUUUUUUCUACUUUGCUUUUGUACAAUAUGUGGCUUUCUUAAACUACAUGUAAAUGAAAUAUUAUUAUACCAUGCAAGCUUCUUAAGAGUAUGAUUGUCUUUCAAUGUGCCAGUUACAAUAAUGGUGUAGGGUACAUGUAGUAAAAUCACCCAUUCACCCACCCCUGGGAAUUUUGCUGGAAAAAUUAAUGCCUUUUGAAGCUCGCUGUUUUGUGGUCACCAUAAUUGCCACUGUAUGAAGGAUUGUCCUCUAUUCAAUGACUUUAAUUAUAGUUGAAUAACCUAUCUGACUUGAUUCCAUUUUAGAUAAGGAUGCAACAGACCUUACCAUUAAUUUGUGGAACAGUAAAAAGAUUUGUUCUUUUUGGUGACCAUGAUGGAGAUGUUUUUGCCACUGGAGGAGAGAUGGAAAUAGUUCAGGUAAUCUGUUUCACGACUUACUGCAGCAGACCACUUCACUUCAUGCCGAUGUAUAUUAAAUAGACAAUGCUGUUACAACUGUUAAACACUUAAAGGCGCAUUAUUAUAUUCAAAUACCAAUUCUCCAGACUGAUCUCCAUAUAUUUCCCUAAAGAACCGGUUAUGAGAAUUUGUUUGUAGAUCAAAGCUUUCCCCAUCAGGUGAUCAUUUUAUUUAUUCUCACAACAUUUUCUCUUGAUUAUGUAUUGAUUUUGUUAGGAGAAAAUUGACUUUGGUCACUCUUGGAACCUAAAGGUUCUUAUAAGUGAUUUUCUAGACUCUAAUUUGAGCAGUUCUUGUGCAACUCCUUCUUGUUAAUAUCUUGACAGCUCUUUCAUAUUAUUUUCUAAAAGAUAGCUUAAUUUAUCACACGUUAUACUCGCUAUUAUCUAUUUUCCCAAUGGCUUGGAGCCUACAGCUAAUUGCUAAAUAGCUCGCUCCGCUCAUUAAGAAACUCGUGAGGUCGACUUGCAGCAAGUCUAAGGACCGUGGGAUGUUCCAGAUACUCAUCUAAUGAUAAUAUUAGUUAGUAUUAAUUCUAGGUACAGGUACCGGAAAAUGAAACGUUGUCGUUGUUGUUGAGAAACCAACUCUCCUAAGUUUGUUUGUUUUUUUCACUUUGGAAAUAACUACUGUAGUCAGUCCAAAAUUGUGGUCCAAUUAUUAACCUGUUCACCCCUGGGAAUUUUGCUGGAAACGCGUCAAGCCGUUUUCUGGUCACUGUCUGGCUGUCAAGAGAUAAAACAUGCCGCAAAGCCCUUCACAGGUCCUGCACUUGGCGGCCUUCUUAUUAGUUUGGGCAUACUUAGAGAGCAAAGUUUAACCGUGAUACAGCAGUCUUGACUAUUUCUUUUCGCUUUCUCUCCUCUCCUCUUCUUUCGCUUUUCUUGCCUUGUUUUUUUUUUUUUACCGGGCAUUUACAACUGGCAGGGUUCAUUUUGGCGGGAAAAGUUUUUGGGAAAGCUUUUAGCAUGAAAGGAAAGGUAGAUGGGUAGUGGGAGAAGAAUUUCAUGGCAAUUUUCGCGUCAACGUUUCUUUGUUUUUUGCCUUUUCCUCGGCCUCCUUUACUGAAUCGUGCUUAUCUGGUAUGAUUUGAAAGAUCUCUUCAAGUUAGCUGACAAAGUUCUUGACCGUUAACAAUUAAAAUUCAAAUAACAGUAACAUUAAAUUUACAUGUUUAAACUUGUUUCUUGUUGAAAUUUCCAUGCUAGGAGCCAGUCUCUUUGUAUGGAGACACAAAAUUCUUCUUCCUGGCCAAGCUGGAUCACUCACUUAGCCUUUCUACAAUUAAAAAGUUCGUGGAGGAAGAAGAAGCAAAGUAAGCUGAUAACUAGCUCUAACGAAUGGUUUAAUAAAUGUCAAAUUUCACAAAAUGACAUCUUACUUAUGAAAUUUUCAGAAUUUUACCUGUGCUUUCACAAUUCUUGUGUAAUUUGAUAUUUAUUUUCUCGGGCUCCCAUGAGAAAUAAUCUUGGGUGUUAUUACAGAUAACUAAUUAUAUCUACAGCCCUUGAAAAAUGUAAAAAAGAAUGCGAUAUUGUUUAAAUUAUUCUGAUACAAGAUUUUUGUCCACUGAAAAUUUAAAUUACUCAAUUUCCUGGUAGAUUCCGUCUUAAUUCUCAUAAUAGUUACCUUUAAAGGAAUAAUUUUACCAUCCUGAUCUUUCUAGCAAUUAAUCAAAUAAAGCAAUUAUCAACAGACUUUAAGCGAAUGGUUUUCAUGGUUUUGGCGCUGUAAAUUGACUAGUAGUCUGAAAUGUUAUACGUCUCCACCCCUAACACGUAGGGGGCGCGGGGCAUUCCCGACGUUAUAAUGCCGUCCGGUGACGUCACCUACUUUUGCGAAUAUGGUAGGUAUUUUCUGAUUGGCUAUUACCUUUCCGAAAUAGAAAACCUUUUAUCAUUGCUGUGUGAAGCGUGACGUGAAGUAUAAAAUUAUUCUUUCAGGUUGCCAAGUAAACUGGUUUUAGAAUGGUCUGAGGAUGACAAGCUGGAUCCUAACUCGAAGAUCCCAGCAGGAACCACCAUAGGUGCGUAUUUCUCGAUAAAAUCUGUUGUAUUAGACAAUUUUCUUGGUAGCUACAGCUUUGUGCAGUUUCAAUUUGAAAAUUAAUUUAAUUUUCUAGACAAUUGAUCGUGAUUUGAUACCAAUAUCUACCACACAAAUUGGUUCUCUUUUGAUUAGCACCAUUUUAGGCCCAUUGACAUGGAUUUACACCAGAGCAAGCAGCAUGUCUUUCUUUAUCGUACUUUAUCGUUAUCUUUUUUACAUAUUGUCACAUUUUAAGGUUUUCGAUACAGUUUUUGGGAGACCAUACCGAUGUUUUUCAAUCACCUUAAAAGUGAUUUUAUCCUUGUCCGAUCGCUACAACAUUUUCACCAGUGAUUAACUAUGAAUUAAAGUUUGUCAAAAUGCAGUUUUAAGUAAAAUCGAUAUCACCAUGACAACAAUAAACAAAAAACUUUGAAAUCGAUAAAAUCCGAAUUUUGCGUGGUCUAGACCUGCUAUUGAAAGUCCGACACCAGGUGUGGUGUUGGCAAAUAACCUCCGUGAGAAGAAAAAAAAUUCUGUAUGUUUGAAUUCAGAUAAAACACAAGUAUAUUUCAAACCUUACAUUUUCAAUAGCCGUGAUAAAAUGUUUAGUAAAAAAGUUCUCAGUAGCUCACAUUAACCUUAAGUAGUGUCAGAAGGCUGCUAACCUGAUUUUUCACCACCUGUCUAAGUGCAACUUUAUUCUAAAUUUUGACUUUGAGCGCUGAUCUGUGUUAUCUCCAAAACGGCUCGACAGAAUUCUUUUUAAACCUCAUCACAUAAUCUUCAUGAUGUGAUAACAACGUCUGAAACUUUCAUUAAGAUUAAUUCACUGCAACACCUUGAUACAGUCAAAACCCGCGUGUAAGAACCUAGCGGUUUAAGAACCUACUGGCAGAAAUUUCCCAUUGUUAUACCCCAAAAUAUAAGAACCUGUUUAGCCAAGCAAAAUAUAUUAGGUUCUUAUAGGUGAGUUAUGGCAUAUUUUCAUAAGCAUUUUUAACUAAAAAGUAUACAGAUACUUUGUUUAUAGUGUAUAUAAUUGUUUAGUUAGUCUUGCACAAGGCUCAUGACAAGACAGUUAAAAAUAAAUGCUGUAUCUUAAAGGACCAAACCUAUUUUUUCUGCUUGUACAGGAAAGGUUUCUACUGAAAACGUAAGAACCUAAUUACGAACCUACUUUAACCUAAAUUGCCAAUAACUACCCACAAAUAUAAGAACCUGUUUUGCCAAACUUGGAAAAACUUGGGGUUUUUACUGUAUUUCAAGAGAAACUUAGCCUACGAAACCGGCCAAAAAUGCGCGUUACAAUUUUCACUGUUUUCACGUUAUGCUAAUUUUUCCAAAUUGAUGCCCAUCAUGCAUACCUCCAUGGCUAGCCAUUUUAGUAUGAAUUUUAUUGCAUAUUUUAAAUGUAAAACGUUGACAAUAUUCAGACUGAAAUGUACAUAGCCUGGUAGCAACUUAAACGGUGUAUUUUCCAUUUCUUAAUCAGUUGCCAUGAAAGUGGUGAUUUUGAACGGAAAGGGUGAAUCUGUGAACAAACUGCCUGGUGACAGAAGAAGACUGUUGGUAGAGUUAAAGGUCAUUUGGCAUGGUAAGAGAUAA